AUGUUUAGAUUGGUGGCUUUUGUAUUUUUAUUCAUCAUCACAAUUUCGUUUAUACAUGCGGCCGAUGAAAAGUAUACUAAACCAACACUAAACGAAAUUACAUCCAUUCCCAAGUUUACUCCCACUGAUACUAAUCCACUACCAAAAUCCUAUGCUGGAAAUCUACCUAUCCGAAGUGGAAAAGAUCGAUUAUUCUAUUGGUACUUUCCAAAAACUAAUUCGAAUAUAAAUGAUGAAAGAAAGGAUUUAUUAGUCAUGUUGAAUCGUGGACCAGCUUGUUAUUUUGCUGAAAUGUUAUUCUUGGAAAAUGGAGUUUUUCAAAUCGAUGCAAAUCAAGUUUUGACGCUCAAUUCAAAAUCAUUUCAUCAAUUUGCUCAUGUUUUGUACAUUGAUUCACCUUUGGGAACUGGAUUAAGUCAAUUUUCGACUGAAGUUUCGAAUUUUGAAUCAUAUGGUAAAUUAAUGUUUCCUGGAAAUAGUUUGAGAUUAAAAACAGUGUUUCCAGGUGCCACCAAAUAUGUAGUUAAGGAUUUACAAGAUGCACUCAUUGGAUUCUUUACUCUUUUCCCUCAUUUAUCACCAGAUAAGAAGGGAAGUACUUUGAAUUUCUAUACUCCUGGAUAUUCUGCCAAGAUGAUUCCAUAUUUCAUUAAGGAAAAUUCAGUUGGUGGCAGUUUCACAACAAAAUUCAAGAUUUCGAGUAUUAUUUUGGGAGAUCCAUUCUUACAACCAUCACUUCAGUAUGCAUCUUAUGCUAAAUUUGGAUAUGUUUCUGGAUUGACAAUGUACAGACAGUUUGUUGAGAUGAAUAGAAAAUAUGAACAAUGUUUGACUGAUGUUGAGAAUGGAAAUUACAAUAAUUAUGAUAAGGAAUGUCACAGUUUGAUUGCAGGACUUUUAGAAAAUUCUGGAAACGUCUCACCAUUUGAUAUUCGUGAACAAUCUACUCAACAAUAUGAACAGAGACAAGCCGUUUUGAAUACCUAUGUCAAUAACGAUUUAUUACCAGCUCUGAGAAGUUUUGGAAGUAUUCCAACCGUAGUUACCAUUCCUCAUUGUUCCAAGAAGGUGAAUGACUUAUUCCAUGAGGAGUAUCAUUUGGAUGUACCACAAGAUGUAUUUCCAUCCAUUCUCAAUACCAAUACACCUAUCAAUUCAGCUUACAAUACUUCCAAUGUUAGAAUUUUGGUAUUCAGUCAACAAUUCAACUUGGUGAGUAACGUUUUUGGAGUGAAUGAAAUUUUGAGACAAAUGUUGGACUGGGAAGGUCAAUUGACUUUUAAUAGUUUGAAUUCGAGCAUCUUUACCAUACAGGAUAUGAUUGGUGGAAGAUUCAAAGCAUAUGGCGGAUUGACUCAAGUAGUUCUCUAUAAUAACAAUUACAAAGAAGGUGUGGAAAUUAAUCCAAAUUUUAAUGGAAACUAUAAGAUUGGUAAUGUGGACAUGGUUGCCUCUAGAUAUGAAAUGGUCAAUAGAUACAUUACUAGGGCUGACACUAGCAUGCUCAUUGAUGAUAGAGAUAUUUUGUGUGGAGAUGCUACCAAGAAGUGCCACUCUGAUAGUCAAUAUCCAUGCCCAAGUUUAUGCUCCAAGAAGGGAACUUGUAAUCUGGAAAAGAAGAAAUGCGACUGUCAACCUGGCUAUUAUGACAAUAAUUGUUCAAUUGGAAGAGCUAAAUAUUCAUUGAACAUUCUUUCAAAUUCUGUUUCGUUCAAUAAUUUGUAUAUUAGUGGAAGAGAUACUGUUGUUUUGGAAGUUAACAUUCAAGAAAGAACUUCUCUAUUGGAUCUUUACUUGGAAGUCAAUCGUAUUGGAAAGUAUGGAAAUCCAUUCGUUUUCAUGAAUGUUUCAACAACAGCUGAUGCAUUAUCGAGUAGAGAAUUGAAACUCUUGGCUGUGAAACAAAUCGGUUACAGUCUAUUGAAUGGAUAUAAGAGUACAAGAUCAGAAGCUCAAUCCAGCCACGAACACUACUUUUACACAGGUUACAAGACUUUCCAAUUUUACAACACUUCACAUGAUUCAAAGAAAAUUAUCGACGCCCAAGAUGUUCAAAUUAUCAGAAAUGAAUUCCAAACCAUUGCCAUUGUCAUUUACAAUGCUGCUGAUUUACCAGUCGAAUUCAAUGUAACAUUAAAGGCCAACCUUGCAAGUGGAAAGGUUCAAACAGCUGGCAUCUUUUUAUCUCUGAGUGUGGUCAUGCUAAUGGUUAUUGUCUUUGAGGUUGUCUUACUCAUUCAACGAUCCAACAACCGCAAACAAUUCAUUCUUCCAAAACUACAGGAAAGACAAGAUAUUCAAAGAAGAGGACUCUUGGAAAAUAACAAUUCACUUGUGGACGAGGAUGAAAAUUCAGAAGUGCUGACAAAUAACAAUGAAGAUAUUGAAUUACGACAACGAAAUAAUUAA